AUGCCCGGGCUGCGCCGGGACCGCCUGCUGACCCUGCUGCUGCUGGGCGCGCUGCUCUCCGCCGACCUCUACUUCCACCUCUGGCCCCAAGUGCAGCGACAGCUGCGGCCCCGGGAGCGCCCGCGGGGCUGCCACUGCGCCGGCCGCGCCUCCUCCCCGGCCCCGGGCUCCGCCGCAGCCUCCUCGGACCCCGGCACGGUCGCGCACAACUUUUCCCGAGCCGGGCCCGCCGGGGCUGAGCCGGCCGACGACUCGGGCUCCAAGCUGCAGGCCCUCUUUGCCCACCCGCUGUACCAUGUCCUGGAAGAGCCGCCUGUCCUCGGCCCCGAAGACCUGCUCCUGGCCAGCCAGGAGGCGCUGCGCUAUUACCGGAGGAAGGUAGCCCGCUGGAACAGACGACACAAGAUGUACCGGGAGCAGCUGAACCUCACCUCCCUGGAUCCCCCGCUGCAGCUUCGACUUGAGGCCAGCUGGGUCCAGUUCCACCUGGGGAUCAACCGCCACGGGCUGUACUCCCGGUCCAGUCCUCUCGUCAGCAGACUCCUCCACGACAUGAGGCACUUUCCCACCAUCAGUGCUGAUUACAGUCAGGACGAGAAAGCCUUGCUUGGGGCAUGUGACUGCACCCAGAUCGUGAAACCCAGCGGGGUCCAUCUCAAGCUGGUGCUGAGGUUCUCGGACUUCGGGAAGGCCAUGUUCAAACCCAUGAGACAGCAGCGAGAUGAAGAGACGCCUGUGGACUUCUUCUAUUUCAUUGACUUUCAGAGACACAAUGCUGAGAUCGCAGCUUUCCAUCUGGACAGGAUUCUGGAUUUCCGACGAGUGCCACCAACAGUGGGAAGGCUAGUGAAUGUCACCAAGGAAAUCCUCGAGGUCACCAAGAAUGAAAUCCUGCAGAGUGUUUUCUUUGUCUCUCCAGCCAGCAACGUGUGCUUCUUUGCCAAGUGUCCGUACAUGUGCAAGACUGAGUACGCUGUCUGUGGCAACCCGCACCUGCUGGAGGGGUCCCUAUCUGCGUUCCUGCCAUCCCUCAACCUGGCCCCCAGGCUGUCUGUGCCCAACCCCUGGAUCCGCUCCUACACGCUAGCAGGAAAAGAGGAGUGGGAGGUCAAUCCCCUUUACUGUGACACAGUGAAACAGAUCUACCCGUACAAUAGCAGCAACCGUCUCCUCAACAUCGUCGACAUGGCCAUCUUCGACUUCUUGAUAGGAAAUAUGGACCGUCACCAUUAUGAGAUGUUCACCAAAUUUGGGGAUGAUGGGUUCCUCAUUCAUCUUGACAAUGCCAGAGGGUUUGGACGGCACUCCCACGAUGAAAUCUCCAUCCUCUCACCUCUCUCCCAGUGCUGCGUGAUAAAAAAGAAAACAUUUCUGCACCUGCAGCUGCUGGCCCAAGCCAACUACAGACUCAGUGAUGUGAUGCGGGAGUCACUGCUAGAAGACCAGCUCAGCCCCGUCCUCACUGAACCCCACCUCCUUGCCCUGGACCGGAGACUUCAAAUCAUCCUGAAGACAGUGGAGGGGUGCAUAGAGGCCUAUGGAGAGCAGAGUGUUGUAGCCAACGACCUGACAGAACAAUCAGCCCCAGACUCUGGCCAGGCUAACUUGACAAGCUAA